AUGCCGCUACUAUCACGCUGGGCCGUGCUGUUUAUCGGUAUUGUGUUUCAUUUGACGUUUAUGAUGUCAAUUUUUGACAUCUACUUUGUCAGUCCCCUUGUUCAUGGCGUCAAGCACUACCAUCCUGAAACAGUCAAGCCAGCCAAGCGGCUGUUUCUGAUAGUAGGUGAUGGUUUACGGGCAGACAAAUGCUUUGAGCAGGUGAUCCACCCUUCGAGCGGCGAGGAAGAGUAUCUCGCUCCGUUUAUUCGGUCAAAAGCGUUGACUGCUGGCACUUUUGGGCUCUCCCACACCCGGGUCCCCACUGAGUCCCGGCCCGGCCACGUGGCUAUGAUCGCUGGAUUCUACGAAGAUGUGAGUGCCGUAACCAAAGGAUGGCAGGAAAACCCCGUGGAUUUCGACUCAGUGUUCAACCAGUCUCGCCAUACUUUCUCUUUUGGCUCACCAGACAUUCUGCCAAUGUUCAGCAAGGGCGCAGUGCCCGGACGCGUGGAUAUGGAGGUGUACGACCAUUCAUACGAGGACUUUACGCGUUCCUCGAUCGAUUUGGAUAAAUUUGUUUUCGAUCAUCUCGAUAAGCUUUUCGCCGAGGCCAAAGUUAACAGUACCUUGGCGGAUUCUCUUCACCACGAUCAACAAGUAUUCUUUUUGCAUUUGCUCGGCAUUGAUACAGCAGGUCACAGUUAUCGCCCUUAUUCUGCUGAAUAUUAUGACAAUAUCAAGUACAUUGACGUCAAAAUCAGUGAGUUGGAAACCAAGGUCAAUGCGUUUUAUGGUGACGACGAGACGGCUUGGGUGUUCACUGCCGAUCAUGGUAUGAGCGCAUUCGGAUCUCAUGGUGAUGGCCAUCCUAACAAUACACGCACACCACUGGUGGUUUGGGGUAAAGGUGUCAACACUCCAUUGCCUGGAACUGAGGGUCACGAUGAGGAGUCAUUGUUGUGGGAUUUGCCAGUCCAACGUCAUGAUGUUAAUCAGGCAGAUAUUGCAACUCUCAUGUCGUAUCUUAUUGGUGUUAACUAUCCUGCAAACUCUGUUGGCGAACUCCCGCUCGAUUUCAUUGAUGCCAAGCCUGAAUCAAAAGCCAGGGCUUUGGCCGAAAACGCAUAUUCUAUUGUUGAGCAGUAUCUUGUCAAGGAGAAGCAGCUCAAAGCAAACUAUUUGUAUUUUAAGCCGUACCCUGAGCUCAGCGGAGAAAACAAUGUCGACAACCUCAAGGCUCAAAUCGAAGACCUGAUCACCCAGGGCCAUUACGAACAAGCAAUCCUGCGCGCCGAGGACUUCAUGUCCAGGGGUCUGAGCGGUCUAAGAUAUCUGCAAACCUACAAUUGGCUUUUGCUACGAUCUUUAGUGACUCUUGGUUUCCUAGGCUGGAUGCUGUUUGCAUUUAUUUCUUUCUUGCACCUGUUCGUUGUCGAAGAAACCCCCGUUCAAUCAACGGCAACUUGGCCCUCUGCGGUCGCUGUGGCAAUAUUUGGUGCCUUGGCUGCUUUGUUUUACCGCCAGCAUUCUCCGUUGAACUAUUACUUGUAUGCUCUUUUCCCGGUCUUUUUCUGGUAUCAAGUGGUCUCAAAUAAAAACACUUUGCUCCAAGGUAUCAAACUACUUUUCCUUCGGCAAGGCACCGGUCUCGGCGGUUGUAUUCUGGCCACAGUAUUUGGAUUCAUCAUUAUUGAAGCCAUGAUUUAUGGUUACUUCCAUCGUGAAGUCUUCUCGGUGCUUAUGCUUGCAAUUUAUAUGUGGUGGCCUUGGCUCCAGGAUUGGAAACUGGCAGUUGCAAACUGGAGGUUCUCUGUUUUGUGGAGCUCCAUGUGCGUAGUACUUGCUGCCUUUACUAUAUCUCCCGUUGUUAAGAUCGAGAAUCUUGACAUGAUUGUUCAGUCUGGUGUUCUUAUGUCUGUGAUUUCGUUUGUCGCUAUCACAGCCUUGAUGCGAAGCCUCAAACUCACCGGUAUCACAAUGGUGACAUGUGGUGUUCAGCUCGGACUCAUUGUUCUUGCCGUUAUCGUCACGCGUUCAUCGGUCUUGUCUCUCCAGGCCCGUAAGGGACUGCCCAUUGGCUCUCAAAUCGUCGGUUGGAUGACGCUGUUUUCGUCCUUGACGGCGCCCUUUAUGAAUUCAUUGUCUCCCGUCAAUGAUUUCAGGUUCCGAUUCCUCACUGUGUUUAUGGCCUUUUGCCCAACUUUUGUAAUCUUGUCAAUUUCCUAUGAGGGCUACUUUUAUGUCGCUUUUUCUUUGCUGCUUUAUUCCUGGGUUGAGUUGGAAAGACGUGUAGGCUUUGAGGGAGAACCGGGUCGUCCUCUUCGUUUGGGCGACUUCCGGAUGGCCGUCCGCUUUAUGUUUUUGACCCACAUCGCAUUUUUCGGUACAGGCAACAUUGCUUCGAUUUCUUCAUUUUCCCUGGAUUCCGUGUACAGACUUAUCCCCAUUUUCAGCCCCUUCGCCAUGGGUGCUUUGUUGAUUGUGAAGAUUUUGGUUCCUUUCCUAUUGCUGUCUGUGACGCUGGGUAUUAUUAACCUUGCAGUGGGUCUUGAGCCCUAUGCAAUCUUUUCAAUGGUUCUAUCCAUCACAGAUAUUCUGUCUCUCAACUUCUUCUACCUAGUUGUCGAUGAAGGCUCGUGGCUAGACAUUGGUACUGGCAUUAGCCACUUCUGCAUUUGCAGUGCCAUGUGUCUAUUUAUUCUAUUCCUUGAAUACGUUAGUACCAUGCUUGUUUCCGGUGUUGAGAUCGCGCCGGUCUCGGUAAAAGUCAAAGAGCUUACCCCAGCUACAGAUGGCAAACAGGACGACACUGCCACAGAGUAA